UCCCAUUCAUAUCUCAUAUUUUGGAAACUGGCUACUAGGAUAUUCCUACAAAAAAUUAAGAUGGAAACGAAUAGCAGAAAGGAGAUUGGCCGUGCAUGUGCAAAUUUUCACCCAAGCGUGUGGGGUGAUUGGUUUGUUACAACCUCUUCAGAUGAGAUGAUUGAUGUACUAACCAAACAACGGGCUGAAGAACUGAAGGAACAAGUGAAGAGUAUGCUCUCCGAUGUCAAUGAUUGUUUACAAGAAUUGAAUUUAAUCAAUGAAAUUCAACGUCUUGGGGUUGCCUAUCACUUUGAAGCAGAGAUUAAAGAUGCAUUGCAUAAGAUGUAUGAUGCCCAUAUUAACGGCAAUGAUGUUAGUGAUGAUCUUCAUGCCACUGCUCUUUGGUUUCGGCUCCUAAGGCAACAAGGGUAUAAUGUGUCAUCUAAUGCGUUUCAAAGGUUUAAAGACGAAAAGGGUGAGUUUAAGGCAACAUUAAAAGAUGAUAUAAGGGGAUUGUUAAGUUUGUAUGAAGCUGCAUAUCUUGGCACACGUGAAGAUAAAAUAUUGGAUGAAGCUAUUCACUUCACCACUGAGCACCUUAAGUUGGCAAUGCCAUAUUUGAGCUCUCCCCUUUCAAAUCUAGUACAGCUUGCCUUAGAUGUACCACUGCAGAAACGUGUAGAGAGGCUACAAUCAAGGUACUACAUCUCAAUCUACCAAGAAGAGGAGGAGAAGAAUGAUGUAUUAUUGGAGUUUGCCAAGUUGGAUUUCAAUAUGUUGCAGUCUUUGCACAAGAAGGAACUAGGUGACAUAUCUAGGUGGUGGAAGGAAAAUGAUUUUUCAAGAAAGCUACCAUUCAUUAGAGAUAGAGUGGUGGAGUGCUACUUCUGGGUAUUAGGAGUGUAUUUUGAACCUCGUUAUUCCCGAGCUAGAAGGAUGAUGACCUCAAUAAUAUCCUUACUAUCAGUGUUGGAUGACAUUUACGAUGUAUACGGUACACUAGAGGAGCUAGAACUAUAUACUGCUGCACUCGACAGAUGGGAUUGGGCGGCCAUGGAUCUUCUGCCGGAGUACUUGAAAGUUCAUUAUAAUGCACUUCUGAACGUGGUCGAGAAAUUCGAGGAUGAAUUGAGUCUGGAAGGGAAAUUGUACCGCAUACCCUACCUUAAGAAAGCUUUCAUGGUUGUAGCCAAAGCCUACUUAGUAGAAGCGAGAUGGGCCACCACAGGGUACGUGCCAUCUUUGGAAGAGUAUAUGAAAAAUGCAUUAUUGAGCAGCGCAUACCCCACACUUACUCUAGCAUCUCUGGUUGGGAUGGGAGAUGUUGCAGCAAAAGAGACCUUUGAGUGGGCCAUCAAUGUACCUAAGGUGGUUAAGGCUAUUGGUGUGAUUUGCCGACUCAAGGAUGACAUCACAUCAAAUGAGCUCGAGCAAAAGAGAACACACGUUGCUUCCGCCAUCCAGUGCUACAUGAAGGAGCAUGGCACAACAUACACAGAUACAUGCAAGAUGUUUCGAGAGGAUGCUGCAGGUGCAUGGAAAGACGUAAACAUGGAAUGCAUAGAACCCAUUCCCGUUCCCAGGGAAGUGAUCAUGCGGCCAUUGAACCUUGUACGUGUGAUCGAACUCCUAUACCAGCACCGAGACUCAUAUACAAAUUCAGCCGAGGAGACCAAAGAACGUAUCACAAUGGUGUUGGUAGAUCCUAUCACUGUUUGAAAUUGUAGCUUCUAAUAUUAGGGUGCAUUUGGUUGCCCCAAGUAUCAUGAAACCAAGUGCAACUAAAAGUACCCUAACACAGCAUGCGUUUCUUUUAUAUGUAGCUACCUUGUUAUUGUCCUGCCACCGCAUGGAUAGAGCACUUGGAAAAUUAUUUA